AUGUCUCUCGCUGAGCAACUCGCCGAAAUGGGUUUUGAAAAAAAUCAAAUUGAUAGCGCUAUUAAUGUAGGACAAGCUGCAAAUAUGGAACAAGCUAUUGAUUGGAUUACGACACAUGAGAAUGAAAUAGCAUCGGGAACUGCAGCUAGUUCUGAACCAGUACUCAAUUUGAGUUCUAAUGCUAGUGCAGCAGUAACAACGACUGAAGCUCAAGCUGAAGCGAAUUCACUCAAAUGUGAUGAAUGUGGUAAACUAUUAAAAGAUGCGGAUGCAGCAACAGCUCAUGCUAUGAAAACAAAUCAUUCAAGUUUUUCUGAAUGUACUGAAACAAUUAAACCAUUAACAGCUGAAGAAAAAGAAGAAAUGAAGAAAAAAAUUCAAGAACGUAUUGUUGCUCGACGUAAGGAACAACAAGUGGCUGAUGAAAAAAAAGCAAUCGAAAUGGAAAAAAAACGUAUUGUUGAAGGAAAAACUUUAUCCGAAAUCAAACAAAAACGAGAAGAAGAAGAAAUGAAAAAAAUUGCUGAAGCUAAUCGUCGUGAAAAAAUUGAAACACAAUUAGCUAAGCAACGUGCUAUUGAGCAAAUAGAAGCUGAUAAACGUGCUCGACGUGAAAAAGCAGCUGCAGAAAAAAGUGGAGGAAUUGUUGAAGAUAUUCCACCAGCAAAACCUCAACAAGUUGCUGCACCACAACCAACACGACAAUAUGAUGAAUGUAAUCUUCAAGUUCGUUUAUCUGAUGGAUCAACAAUACGACAUAUAUUUAAAGCAACUGAUCGAUUUGAAAAAGUUUCUGAAUGGAUAAAUCAAACACAAAAGUCUCAUCCAUUUAUGAUUUUACAAAAUUAUCCAAAAAAGGAAUUCAUUGAAAGUGACAAUCAUAAAUCAUUAAAUGAACUUGGUCUUGUUCCAUCGGGAUCACUCAUGGUAAAAGCACUUACUCAUUUUCAAACAUAA